AUGGAAAUAUCGAGAUUAAAAUUGAGCAAAACCACCAGGAAAUCAUUUACCAUCAAAAUAAAAGAAGAAGAAAUUAUACUGAUGAUUUAUUUAAAUGGUACUAAAAAAGUGAUCGAGGACAACAAUCAGGAAGAAAGACCGGAAAUGAGAGGUGGAAUAGCACCGGAUUUGAUUAAAAAGAAAUCGAAAGAGAUCAAAUAG